AUGAACGCGCUUGUUCGCUCACAUGCGCCGAAUGGUAUAAGUCUCUUGGCAAUUUAUAUUGCUGAGGCACAUUCAAGAGAUGAAUGGCCAGUUGGGCAAACAAUUUCAUGUAUUGAUCAACCAAAAACACUUGCACAACGACUGGAGAAUGCCGAACGAUUCAAGAAGAAUUUUAAUUUCGAAAUGCCUUUGCUUGUCGAUGAUAUCAAUAACAGUUUUCUCGAUACGUAUGGAUCGUGGCCAUUUCGUUUCUUUGUCAUUUAUGAAGGUGAAUUGAUAUUGAAAGCAGAACCUGACAAAGAAACUUUUUUCUAUAACUUGAACGAAAUCGAUAAGUGGAUUUCAAACUUCUAUGAAUCACGUUCUCAAACCAUUUAA